CUCACGGAAAUCAUGAGAAAAUGCAGAAAUCCCUGAACUUGUGUAUUUCGGGGGCAGCGGCAGUGAGAGAGGCUCCGGGCCCGACGUGCAGCCGAGCCGGAGCCCUGCGGUGGGCUGUGGGAGAACAAGCAGGGGGGGUGAUAACAAUGGAGAAGUUGUGUUUGUGAACAGGUUGAGAAAGUUUGGGCCCAAAGAGGAAGAAAAAAAAAACUUUCCCUCCUUUGCACGGAUGUGGUUUCGGGAGUCGACAACAUGUAAGUGUUGAUAACACAGGGGAGCUCACCUACCUUCUGUGAGGAGCCUCGUUUCACUGGAUUUCAAGUGUUUUUAUUUUCCUGAACUUGUUGUUGUGUUUUCACUCGGAGUGGAAUUGACCUGGACUCUGAACAGUGAUUGAUACUGUGACACCAGAGGGGUUAACAUGUAAACGUGUGUGAAAGUGAGGAGACCUGAACAAUGGCAGGAAGACAGCGGAGGAAUGAGGCUGUGUACCGCAGCGUCUCUUUUAAGAAGCUGGGGUCCAGGAGCGGCGGCGAGGAGCAGCCACUCAGACCCGGGGCUUCGGACGCAGCUGGCGGCGCCCUCCCCCCGGAGCAGCCUCUGUCGAGAAAAGUUUCCAAGAUCUCUGCCACCACCACCGCCGCCGCCGCCGCCACCACCGCCGGCCUCCCGACCGCAGACCCGAAGAGCGGCUCCUCCACUCCUCUCUCCUCCAUUUCUCCAUCCAUCCGCCAGCUCACCGAGAAGUUCAGCAGCAGCGGAGCUAGUUCCGUUGGAGGCUCGGCCAGGACCCGCACAGCUCCGCCGUCAGACGGUUCAGUAGUGAGGCGGGGGACCAGCACUCUUCCGCGGGCCAGCGGCUCCAGGAGAGACGGGUCGGUGUGUCGUAAAUCUUUUCACGAGGACAUUAGUGGUGGAUAUUUCGCGGACAUUGAUUCUACUUCUUCUACAACAACUACUGCUACAACAACUUCUACUACAACUACUUCUGCCGCUGCUGCUGCAGAGUCUCUCACAGACAAUAAGGUGCAAAAGUUUCACUCUGGCACCGACUCUGUGUCUGGAUCAGACUCAGAGAAGCGGAUUUUCACACGUGUAUCAACCGACAGCAGCCCUGGUAAGAGAGACUACUCACAGAUCAAUGCAUGUGCCUCUGAGCCCAGAAAGUCUUUGAUUACUGAUGAAGAGGAGGAUGUCACUAGCAGAGGGCUUCCUCCGCCUUGUAAAUCUCACAGAAGUUACCCCUCCACUCACCACGGUGACUUUAUUCCCCUGCACCCAGACAAGUGGCCCAGUGUCACCAAGAUCAGACAGCUUUUUGAUGAGAGACAAAGCAAGACGGACGAUUGUGAGAAUUUAAAGGCAGUUUGCAGGGACCAAGUACCAGAGCUCAGCCCCACUGAUAGAAGUGACAAGCUCUCAGCCUGCAGCUCUGUUAAUGACGGUAGGAGUUUGUCUUUGCAUAACAAAUGUGUCGCUGGAGCACAAAGCAGAGAAGGCAGUACUGCUGAGGAGACCCAUUGUUGCGGUAUGGACUUUAAUUGCAAAGCUGACCAGCAGCAGUACUCCAAUGAUGAGGAGCCUGACGUAGAGACGCAAAGUUCCCACCACAACAAAGUUUCUGGCAGAAAUACUUCACAAAGCAGUAGCAGUAGCAGUCGCAGUUGCGCUGGGGGUAGUCAUUACCGUAGGAUUAACCCAUCUCCAUUCAGAUCUCACAGUCCCAGCACUGAGACAGAGGCAGUCCGUAAGACCCCCGGGACACCAGGGUCGACAUCUGACCCCAACCCUGACCUUCAACCCCCUGCUACUUCGUCUUGGAGUCGAUCGUUGAGCUUAGACACCUCCUGCUGCUCCAGCUCUCUUCAGCAGCCGACAGUGAGGGAGAGAAGGGAUAGACAGGGGGUCGGGCUGCCCAGGGAUAGUUUACAUUCCUCACAUAGCUCCUCUAUAGCACCAGCCCGCCCCUCCUCCCCCCCCUCCUCUGCUCCAGCUCCAGAUAAAGCCAUUACCUCCUCUUCUACUGUAUCUCUCUCUGCUGAACUAAGAGCCCCAGCAAGAGUUGCCUCUUCCCUCAGCUCCCGCUGGAGGUUUAGUUCUGGAGACGAAGAGGAGGAACACAACAGGAGAAGAAGAGGAGGUGGAGCAGGUAGUUGGAGUGGUCCCUCUGGCCCGGCUCCAUCCCUCUCCUUCAGAGGAGGAGAAAGGGGUGCCUUAGAGCGAGGAGGCAGCUAUUUAUCCCGCAACAAAAAUGGGUGGUUGGGUGCAAAGGGCAUUGGCAGGUCCUCAGGCAGUGAGGAGGACAGCCCUGGUUCUUUAGGCCCCCACGUUCGAGAGGCAGUCCGCCGCCGCUCGCUGAGAAAGAAAAAGAAAGUCACUGGAGCUGCUUUAGCAACAGGUCGUGAUGAUUACGAAGAUCAUGAUGGCGAAUCAGAGGACAGUGACAGUGAAAUGGCCAUGACAAUGGAGCAGUUAGAGAGGCAGCGCCAGCAAAACACAGGAGGAGAAUUUCCAGUGACUUUAUCUCGGAGCCACUCAACAAGAGGGCCAAGUGUUCAUAGUAACAGAGCCAGGGUGCAGCAAUGGGAGCGCAUCUCCUCACCAAUGACAUCCUCUGUGUCACGAGUAUCAAAGGUCAAUAUCCCCCCAUUUGUGUCCAGUCCUGGUGGUUCACGUUGCAGCAGCCGGUAUUCCAGCACUGAAGCGUUGAAGGAGGAAGGCAAUGCCAACCAUGAAGCAAAUGUGAUUUUAAAUGCGGGUGAGGUUGGAAGCAGCAGUAGCAGGACUGCAUCCUUGUCCAUGCUGAGUAAAACUUACCAUGGGAAUUUUACCAUGUACCGCUCCCCGAGCUUUGGCCAUGGGGAUAACUUUUCCCGUACGCCACUGCGAUUGCGACCCAAAAUUCUUCCCACAGUUACCCCCUCGCCUAAUGUACCUGCUAGAGAAGCUGAUGGACCUACAGCGGUAAGGGGGGGUGAGCAUAAGGCAUUAAAGAGUGGAGAUGGGGCAGAUGAUGAUAAUAAAAACCAAAUAUCCUUGUCCAACCCUGACAUCGCCUCAGAAACUUUGACUCUCCUGAGUUUUCUGAAAUCUGACCUGUCAGAGCUCAAGGUUCGCAAACCGAGUGGAGGUGACAGAUCUGGUGCUGUGGAGGGGUCAGUGUACAGGAUGGGCUCACGGACACAGGGAGGGACCCUUUUACCUUCUGGCCGCCGCCCCUCACUGAAAGACCUGACUGCCACCCUAAGGCGUGCAAAAUCUUUCACCUAUUCAGACAAACCAACCACAGCUGAAAGGUGUUACUUGAGAGGUGGUACUGCUCAGAGGAGUUCCUCUGAGCAGCAGCUUGACUUGGAUGGAGAGAAAAAUGGAGGGAGGGUGUCUGUGUCAGACAGAGAAGUAGAAAGUGAUGGAGGGGAUUUCAGGAGUGGGAGAGGACAAAGAAUGAGAGAUUAUGGAUUUGAUGACGAUAAUGAGGAAGUCAUGCAAUCUCCAUUGCAGGAGAGGUAUGUGCAAGAAGCUAGGCAAGUCAUCCGAGACAUCUGCCAGAUGAGUACUAGGAAAGAAGAUGAUGAUGAUGUACAUUUAAGGAGAACUGAUGAAGAUUUGAAGGAUGAAUGUUUCCAGGUCACAAAAACAAAAGAGGCGAAGGUAAAAACAGGCGAGAGUGUGCAGGAUGAGGCAAGUGAAGAUCAAGAGGCUGAGUUUAAGAACACUAAAGACAGGGAUAAACAUGGGAGGGAGAGAGAGAACAGGGAGAGGGAGAGGACUGAGAGGGAUGGACAAAAUGUGCAGUUAGAAAAACUAAACAGCAGGGGCACAGAGUACGGGGAGGAAAUUAAGAGACAGAGCAGUGAGACAGAGAGAGCCUUACUAAAGGGCGACUCGGAGGAAAGCAUGUUCUACAACCGCUCUUUGGAUGAACUCUCAGGCCACGAGUCUAGUUUGACAGAUGAAGGGAUUGUGACAGAGCCAGAGGUGUGCCCUGGUGACUCCUCCGAGAGGUCAUUCCUGGGGUCAGCAGGGGUUAAUUUGGGGUCUCGGAUACCCAGGGAUGUGCUAGGUCAACCUGUCACUGUAUGGAAGCAGUCGGCUCUCCAUGAGGGGGAAUGCUUUAAGCAGGAGGGAGAAGAAAUGACAGAGAACAGGGUGAGUUGUACAAAUCUUGUGAAUGAAGUCGCUGCACCUCCCUCCUUGCCUCUUUUUGCCCGUAUGGCUGAGAGUGACUGCAUUAUCAUGGACAUGAGCUCUACUACUGGUAUCGACACUGUCAACACUACCAGUGAGGAGAUUAACGCCACUAAUGUAGCGUUGCAGGGAUCAGCUACUACCGUAGGAGGAGGACUUGAAACCCCUGCGACCCCAAGUGCUGUUCGUCGAAGGCGCAAGUUCUCCCCUUCUGGUAAUAACAACACUGGGUCUGAUUCCAGUAAUGGGAGUAAUGUUGAGUCAACAACAGGAGCUGUUGGAAAUGGGGAUACCACAGUUUACCGCUCUCUGAGUGACCCCAUGCCUCAGCGAUGCUGUUCUGUGGCAGAAGGGGGUAACACGUUUUCCUCUGUAGACAGCAACUUGUUAGGAUCCCUGUCUGUCAAAGGAGGAGGAGGGGUAUCUGAGGACUCUGCUGUGGCCACCUUGUCAGAAUACAAGGGUAGUGUGGCAAGUGACUUGUCAGUUUGCAGCGAUGGAGGGCUCCGGGAUGAUGGCAUUCAUGAUUACAGUGGGGUGAUAAGGAGCAUUGUAUCAGAACCAGGUGCCAUGGACAGACUGAUGACAGAUGACCAUGGGAAUGGCAAAGCUCCCAAGAAGAAGUCAUUCAGUGACCCCAGUCGCCGCAGUGAUGCCCCUUUACUCACCCAUAAUGACCCUCAAUGUAAAGGUCAGCCAAUCAGUGAGCUGGAUCAACCUGGCCAGAUCCCACCUUCCAGCAGUGAGCCGAUCCUGAGUGAGCAGAGAGGGGAACUGUGGGAGCCGGAAGCUAAACCUGAACAGACAUUGCUAACAGAGCCGCACCGCCACUCAAACAGCACUAACCAGGUCAAGAAGGCUCGAUCUCAGUCAGAGGGCCUUCCUCACACUGAUUCCCAUGGCGAUGAAGAUAAUGAUGUCAUAGACCAAGGUGGAGAGGAGAAAGAAGAAGAGUUGAGGAGGUUUAACUUUGACCUCCAGCUCGCUGAAGUUUUGUUACCGAGAAUGAUUCGCCGGCCCGCCAGAAAGCGUCCGAACCGGCUGGCUCACUUUUUCCCUCACGAGGACCCCUUUGAGCCCCCAGAACAGGUUUCAGAGGGGCAGGAGUAUCAGAGUGACCAAACUGACCUCACCCCUCCUCUCCCCUCUCCCUUACUGCAAUCCAAACCAAAAAACAGACCCAAGCAUGUCCGCCACGCCAGCGAACCUUCAACCUUUAUCCCCAUCUCCCCACCUCCACAACUCCAGUCCCUGAAGGAAGUGGACUGCCUCACUCUCCAUCCCACUGCAGAGUCUCCAAUGUUAAGUAAACCUCCAGGAGACGAGGCCCCCUCUCUGGAAGCUGUGACUCAGAAGUAUAUUCUUGAACAAAGCACUUCUGAGAGAGACACUGAGGGCCCAGGGCCUCUUCCAGUGCCUCUUCCAGUGCCCAGAGAUGGAGCUGAAAAUGUGUCGGCUUCAGAGGGGCCCAGCGAGACCAGCCCAAGUGGAAUUACUGAAGCUAGGACAAAGAAGAAGGGCACAGAGGAGGCCGCAUCCGUGCCGACUGUACAGAGGUCCAAGCCCAGAGUGGACAUGAGGAAACAUGUGAUGAUGACCCUCUUGGACACGGAGCAGUCGUAUGUGGAGUCUCUACGCACUCUCAUUCAGGGCUACAUGCGUCCUCUCAAGCAGCCGGACGGCAGCUCCAUAGUAGACCCUCUGCUGGUGGACGAGAUGUUUUACCAGAUCCCAGAGAUCCUGGAGCACCACGAGUACUUUCUGGAGCAGGUCGCCGGCUGCGUCAGCCAAUGGCAUGACAGACAAACCGUCGGACACCUCCUCAUCCAAUCAUUCUCCAAAGAGACUCUCGCUAAUAUGUAUUCGGCGUACAUAGACAACUUUCUCAAUGCCAAAGAUGCAGUGAGGAUUGCCAAGGAGGCUAAGCCAGCAUUUCACAAGUUUCUGGAGCAAAACAUGCGUGAGAACAAGGAGAAACAGGCUCUGGGGGAUCUGAUGAUCAAGCCGGUGCAAAGGAUUCCUCGAUACGAGCUGCUGGUUAAGGACCUGCUCAAACACACCUCAGAGGACCACCCAGACCACCAGUUUCUACUGGACGCCCAGAGGGACAUCAAGCGACUGGCCGAGAAGAUCAACAAGGGACGUCGCUCUGCCGAGGAGGCAGAGAGGGAGACCCGGGUCAUUCAGGAGAUCGAGGCACAUAUAGAGGGAGUUGAACAUAUUCUCAACCCCCAGAGGAAGUUCCUGAGACAGGAAAUGGUCAUGGAGGCGAAGACAGUGGGUGGGAAGAAGGACCGUUCUCUCUUCCUCUUCAGUGAUCUGAUCAUCUGCACCACCCUCAAGAGGAAGUCUGGCUCGUUAAGACGCAGCUCCAUGAGCCUAUACUCUGCUGCAAGUAUGAUUGAUACGUCCAGUAAAUACAAGUUCCUGUGGAAACUUCCUCUAGAGGACGUAGAGGUGGUGAAAAGCACCAUGCAGGCAACCAACAAGGAGAGCAUCCAGAAGAUGAUUAGUCGAUUAGAUGAGGAUCUCAGUACGUUGGGUCAGAUCAGCAAAAUGUCCGAGACCCUCAGCUUCCCACACCAGUCCCUAGACGAGGCGAUAAAGGAUCUGAUGUCGUCCGUGCACAGGGAGUUGUCAGAGAAACAGUCUCUGGCCUUCAGUAUGACCUUCCUGCCCACAAAGCUGGAGUUUACCACAUCGUCUGCAGAGAGCAGCUUUGUGUUCGAGUUUACCUCUCCUGACAUACGCUCCCACUUCGAACAGGCUUUUGAGGACGCCAAGAAGAAACUAGCCAUGAAUAAGGACCAGUGGGACCCAGAGUUUCUGAAGGCAAUCCCCAUAAUGAAGACGCGUAGUGGAAUGCAGUUUUCAUGUGCAUCUCCCAGCCACAGCUGUCCGGACAGCGGCUGUGAGGUGUGGGUGUGUAACAGCGACGGAUACGUAGGACAGGUGUGUCUGCUGAACAUCAGAGAUGAGCCCACAGUGGAGGCCUGUAUCGCUGUCUGCUCAGCGAGAAUCAUCUGCAUUGCCGCUGUACCAGGACUCAAGGGAAGAGAGCGUGGAUCAGAGCCCGCCCCUCCUUCCAGAGCCCCCGGUCAGCAGCUGCAUAUAUCGAUCUCUCAUUCAUCUCUGGAGCUGACGGAGCGACCUACAGGACCAGGGGCGGAGCUUGUUCCGUUCGACAGCGAUGACACAGAUGACGAGGAUUCACCCAGUCCUUCGUCCACUCUACAGAGUCAGGCCAGUCAUUCCACCAUCUCAUCCAGCUACGGCAAUGACGAGGGUCCAGGCUCGAAGGACAUGGCAACAGAGACCACCAGCAGCGAGGAGGAGCAGGAAUUCCAAGUGCCGAGCUCUUAUGGAGCUCCAGGGAUGUUAGGGGUGGGCGGAGGAAGUCGUAACCAGACAGACAGCCCCAUGGACGGCCGCGCCAUGCGCCGAUCCUCCCGUGGCUCUUUCACCAGGGCGAGUCUGGAGGACCUGCUGAGCAUCGACCCCGAGGCCUACCAGAGCUCAGUGUGGCUGGGCACAGAGGACGGAUGCAUCCACGUGUACCAGUCCUCGGACAACAUCCGCAACCGUAAAAACAGCAUGAAGAUGCAACACGCGGCUUCCAUCCUCUGUAUACUGUUUUUGGACAACAAAGUGUUUGUGUCUCUGGCCAAUGGAGAGGUGAUCGUCUAUCAGAGAGAAGCAGGCAGUUUCUGGGACGCUCAGUCUUCUCAGACGUUAGUUCUGGGCUCACCCACUAGUCCUGUCACCAAAAUGGUUCCUGUGGGGGGGAAGCUGUGGUGUGGCUCACAGAACCGAAUCCUCAUUAUCAACACAACUACCCUGGUACAAGAGCACUGGUUCCAGGUGGGCUCUGACAGCAGUCGCUGUGUGACGUGCAUGGUGGCGUACGGUCAGGGGGUGUGGUUGGCGUUGCAGGGCAGUGCGCAGGUCAGACUGUACCACGCUCAGACCUGGGAGAGCCUGACAGAGGUGGACAUGGCGCCUGCCGUGCACAAGAUGCUCGCAGGUGCAGACGCCAUCAUCCGACAGCACAAAGCCGCCUGUCUGAGAAUCACGGCAUUGCUGGCCUGUAAGGAUCUGCUGUGGAUUGGCACAAGCGCAGGGGUGGUCCUUACAUUGGUGAUCCCAGCAGUGAGCUCAGGAACCGGGGCUGGGACUCUGAAAUCUCCCCUGGUGCCGAUGGGCUCGGCUCACGGACACACGGGCCACGUUCGAUUCCUGACAUCAAUCGAACUACCUGAAGGGUUUGACAUGAACUUCCCCCUUCCAACAACUGACUCCACAGGCACCCAGUCACAGAGCAGCAGUACAGUUGAUGGAAACCUUCAAAGGCGCGACUCCGCACGCCGCAGGGCCUCCGCCUACAUCCCUCCAAAAACGAACCAUCUAGUCAUUUCCGGCGGUGACGGCUAUGAGGACUUCAGACUGACUAACAGCAGUGAAACCGUCGGAAGGGACGACAGUACCAACCAUCUUUUGCUUUGGAGGGUGUGAGACAAUCGAGCCAAUCAGCUCUCCGCCUCUCGCUAAGAAUGCCGCACAAGCUCCCGUCACUUUUCCCGCCAUGGAACUUCUCACUUUUGGUUGUUGUUGUGUUGGUCUUCUGCUCGGUCCACUGGUCUCUAUGUGCAUAAUAUGGCUGUCAACUCCCGCCCGAACUUACAAAUGAAUAUGAUCACUUCAGACCUAGUUUUCUUGAGUAAUGUUUCUGCUGAUGUGUGUUGUUCCACACUGUGUGACUUCUGUGCGUGUGUAUUUCAUUUUUUGGCAUCUGUCUGCGAGUAACGUCCAGAAAUGUGUCUUGACACUGACGAAGACAACAGAGAAGAGACUCUAAUCAAAUCAUGAAUCAAAUGAUGACGUCAUGACAGGAGGACAUUUGAAUGAAUGUGGACAUGAACAAAGCAUGUGGACAUUAUCACUGGUUCUCUUGGACAUCAGCCUUUUACGCCAUCAAAUACCGUGACAAAAUAUAUGACUAUCUACAAAUGAAUCAUAAUAACUGACUGUAGUUUGUUCAAUAAUCUGAGUUUUGGCUUAUUUUCACUACUCAAGUUCAAGCAAUUCAAUGUCUGUGAGCUUCUGAAAGAGAAAAGGACAACUUAUUUUGCUCCUUUAGCAAGUUUGGACCACACCUAAUAGCAGAUCUGUGAUCAGAUCAUUCUGGCCCCAUUAAGGAUGUUAUAAUAGCUACUCCAUGACAAAUGCUCUUAAAUAUGAGACUGCCUUUGUCCAAAAAAAUUCCCCAGUAGAGGGAGAGAGAACAAGAGCAUCAUUCAAGUGCAUUAUUGAGUAUGUACGUUUAUAAUCACAUGCAUACAGUCACCCACAUUAAUGCACAGCCUUCACUCGCUGAAUCCGACAUUUGUGAGAAACGUAAAUGUCUAUUUUCCACAGAUAAUCACUUUGUAUCCGUUUUACUUAUUCAUAAUUUUCAGCCAUUUUAAGUCGACAUGAAGGUAGACGAAGCAGUGUCCCACUACUGGCACGAAAAAUGUCUUUGUUUAGUUAAGUUUUAACAUCACAGGAUCUGAGAAAGAUUUACUUUGCCAAUGAUUCUCAAUUUGUGGAGCAUCGUAUCGUGGGAAUCGGGACUUGUUUCAGUAGCAGAGAUGACACUAGGAUGUGGUGGCUGAUAAAGAGAGUUAUGUACAGUAUUUAUGGUUUUGAUUUUAGCGCCUUCUUUUACAGCACUUAAUUUAUAGAAGAUGUAGCUUUCACUUUUUUCUGUUUGAGCUGAAAACGAGGAGACCGUGGCCCGAUUAGCAGAUUAGAUAAUCAAGCGCCAUUUGGCCGGUUACCGAUGCAGUCCGCUCAUGUUUUGGUACGAUGCACAGUUCAGUGUUCAAGUUUGUAGAUGUGGUAUAGCUCCAUACUGUAUAUGUAGAAACAGGACUAGAAAGUAGAGUGGUCUGGAGGAAAUGUUCUGUAUCGCUAGAAAACAUACCAAAUACCAACCUCCUUCAAAAUUCGCAUUACAUUGUUUCUGAAUGCAGAUGUCGGACGUACCGCUGUUCCCCUGUUGUUUGUGCACCAAACGGUAACAUCGGUUUAACUCUUCAGUUGGUUUUCAACUCCUGGUGUGUCGUGUGGCAUUUACACCCAGAAUACUCAAACCUACGCAAGCACAAAUUUCCGCAAUGAUAGUUUGAAAUGCAAGUGGUUUGUUUAUGAGACUCGAGAGUCAGUAAAGAGUAGGUCAGAAGGACCAUCACUGAGCGCCUGCACUUUCCUUCAGUCUAAAAGCUAAGCCAUUUUACAACAUGUACACACAAGCAUGGGGAAAUGUCAGCUCACAGCAGAUGUGUCCUCGGACGCACACGUUAGCAUAUAGGCUUCAGGGCUAGGCAGCGAUUGUCCUUUGAUCCCAAGCCUAGAAAACCUCACUGCACCUUAACCAGCCAUCUGCACACUCAGCUUCCCCACUUCAUCCACAUUAGGUUAACUCUCCACUGUGAGCAGGGCUAAGAGGAUCAGCCGAUCAUUGUGAUAGCUGCUAACUAGCUCUCGAGCUCUGUCCCUCUGUAAGUGUAAGAGGUGGUUUGUGUAGCUCACUGUUGUAUCAUUUGAAAAGUAUAAAAAGGAGCUUGUGGGUUCAGGUCCAGUUAGCUUGUGGUAGCACGUCAAAAAAAUACAGCAGAGGAAAGUCUGAGAAUUUUAGCAAACUUCAAGUGAGCAUUUGGGAAGUCAAAAGUUCACGAAAAGAACUAUACCACUCUAAUGUUCCAUGAAGAUGAAAGCUACAGCCAGGAUAUGGUUGGCUUAGCAUAGCAGAACUACUGGAUUUCGGGUUAAAGAUAGGAAGGUGAAAAAACGCCUACCAACACAUCUAAAGCAAACAAAUCAUUGAAGUUGUUUCUUUGCUUACAAAAGUGGAAAAAAAACACAUUGUACCUGGGAUUUGUGCUGUUACGUACUUUCUUAGUAGACUCCAUUGACUUCAUAGGGUGAUUCAAUUCUACGCAAUUCUUCCAGUCUUUAUGCUAAGCUAGGCUAACUCCUGAUGGUAGCAUUUCACAGCCGAAACGUGGUAUCUUAUCUAAUCCUUGGCAAGACAUUAGAUAGGAUUAUGAAUCUGAAUAUGUCAAUUUUUGUCGGUGUACGGUUUUGAAUGUUCUGUAUGAUUCACUGCAAGGUUUACGUUUGUGUUCUCGGAGCCAAGAGCUGCCACUUUACCAAUGAAGAUGCUGUAUAUCUAUGCUGGUCGUAGGGCAAUAUGUUGCGGAACGAGUUGAGCAGCACAAGGAACGUUGUACCAUGGUGGUGGGUCCUGGACCGAGGCUGAAAUCUGCUUAGUGUGACCUCUCUAUUCAGGAUUAUCUGAAAUUGCUGCCAUAGUUGGAGUCAAUAACCUUCAAAAUAGUUAGAUUUUCUUUAACUCAGCCUUAACAAUAUACAUUUACAUUUCCUAAGCAGUGACAUAAGUACCAGUGAUGGAAUAAUCCUGUUUUCUGCAGCUGCAUUGUAGGUUUAGGCCAUUGAAAUGUCUUCAUACAAACAUGCACAUGCACACAAACACCCUGCGUCUUAGCUAUGAAGUAAAACUCAAUGCUUAUCUGACCACGAUAAAGAGAAUGAACCAUAUUUUGUGCCAAGAAACGAAAGAUUCACAUGUUUAUUUUUACCAUCACGUCAAACUCACCCCAUCAUCACUGAUUAACUCCCAGAAACCUGUAAACAACCUCCUCAUGUCCUUAUGUGAACUGUCUUUAUUGUUGUAAAUAUUGGUAUAUAUUGCCUUUUUUCUGUAAAUAGUGCACCCACAGUCCUCAAUUGUUCAUAUGAAUCUAAUGGCAUAUUUUUUAUAUAUUUGUGUAAGGUUUGUUUUUCUCCUGCUCACUCUGGCAUGUGCUGUCAGUCACGUUUAAAUUAUAUAUGUCAUGGAUCUUUCCAGAAGGAGACAAGACGGCUUCUGUUGUGACUGAAGGAAUUUGGUGAUGUUGACUUGUUACAGACGUCUACAGGAAGAAAAAAAAACGACCGCAUGGUCGUAUCUCUGUGUAUCUGUGGUUGACAUCUUGCAGUUGUCAUGGUUACAGUUGAUCAGUUUUUUCCUGUACCUUGCUGUUCUUGUUCUGUCACUGUGGGUUUCUCUUUGUAAUUAAAUCAGUUCACUGGUG